UGAAAUGUCUUCUCUCUUAAGAUUCUGUCCUAUUUUUUUUGCUUUGAAAAUCAAUGAGAGAGAAAUUAAAAACGUCUAGCUUUGAAAUUAGAGUGCGCAAGUAAGACCCUUUUGUGGAAAAAGAGAAGUUGGCCACUGUUGAAUUAUAAAUAUAUUUUUUUGGGAGUGUUGGGUUCUGAGGAAGCUAUUACUUCACCAACAAGUGAAGCUACACAGAUAGAUAGUAAGAACUAGGAAGGUUUUGGCUUAUAAAGUGUUUUUUUUCUUUGUUUGAGUCUUGGGAUCUGAAUAUUGUUUUUCGUUGAAAAGAUUCGAUCUUGGCUACUCUUUAAGCUACUGAUUUACUAGGAAGGUGAUUUUGAGAACUGGGUCUAUCUCAUUUUCCUCUAAAAAGGGUUGGUUUUGUUCAACAAUUUAGGCUUCUGGUAGGGAUUGUUGAUCUCAAUAUAUUUUUCACCGUUAGCUUCAAUUUCCCAGUUGCCAAGUUGAGUAUUUGCUGGAUAGUUCUUUCGGAAUGUGGGCAUAAAUGGUGAUUCUGGGGUAUAUUCCGAUGACUUUCCUUAAUUGGGUAUUCUUGGCUUGCUUUAUUUGUUCUGCACUGAGUCUUGAAACCUCAGGCCAAUCCUGUUAUCCAAAUGAUGUGUUGGCACUGAAAGAAUUUGCUGGAAACCUCACAGGGGGGUCCAUCAUCACAGCCUGGUCUGAUGAAUCUGUUUGCUGCCAAUGGGAUGGUGUUGUUUGUGGGAAUAAGAGUAGUGUCUCAGCUUCUAGCAGAGUGAUCAGCUUGAUCUUGCCUAAAAGGGGUCUCAAAGGGAAUAUUUCAAGCUCUUUGGCGAGAUUAGAUCAGCUGAGAUGGCUUGAUCUUUCUUGCAAUCAUCUUGAGGAUGUACUGCCUUUAGAGCUCUCAAAUUUGAAGCAGCUAGAGUUUCUUGAUUUGAGCUAUAACAUGCUGUCAGGACCAGUUUCUAAAUCGUUUUCUGGUUUGACAUCAAUUCAAUGGCUGAAUAUUUCAAGCAAUUCAUUUAAUGGGGACCUGUUAGAGUUUGGCUGGUUUCCAGAUGUUGCUGUGUUCAACUUGAGCAACAAUUCAUUUACUGGCCAAGUCAGUUCUCAAGUCUGCAGUUACUCCAAACGGAUUCAGGUUCUUGAUUUAUCAAUGAACCGCUUAGUAGGGAGUCUUGAAGGCCUAAACAAUUGCAGUAUCUCUCUACAACAGCUGCAUUUGGAUUAUAAUUUGCUCUCAGGCUAUCUUCCGGACUCUUUGUACUCAAUGACAUCAUUGGAGCGACUCUCAAUCACUGGGAACAAUUUCUCAGGACAAUUAAGCAAGAAAUUGAGUAAGCUCUCUAGCCUUAAAUCCUUGAUUAUUUCUGGAAACCAUUUUUCUGGUACACUUCCGGAUGUGUUUGGGAAUCUUGCACGAUUGGAGCUGUUAUGUGCACACUCAAAUUUGUUUUCUGGACCCGUGCCUUCAUCCCUCGCACUCUGCUCAAAGCUUCGUGUACUUGAUCUCCGGAACAAUUCAUUAAGUGGUCCUCUUGAUCUCAAUUUCACUGGAAUGCCUAGUCUCAUUCAACUUGAUCUUGCUACUAAUCAUUUUUCUGGUUCCCUUCCCACUUCCCUGUCUGAUUGUAAAGAACUGCAAGUUUUGAGCCUGGCCAAGAAUAAGUUCAGUAGCCAAAUCCCUGAGACUUUUGCCAAUCUCAGAUCACUUGUGUUUCUCUCACUGUCAAAUAAUAGUUUUAUUGAUUUGUCUGGGGCCCUAUCUGUCCUUCAGCAAUGCAAAAACCUUACCAUUCUUAUCCUUACAAAAAAUUUCCAUGGGGAGGAGAUUCCCAGAAAUAUAAGUGGGUUUGAGAGCUUAAUGGUUUUCGCACUUGGGAAUUGUGCUCUGAAAGGCCAAAUACCAGAUUGGCUGUCGGGUUGCAGGAAGCUAGAAGUUUUAGAUUUAUCAUGGAAUCACUUAAACGGCAUUAUCCCACCCUGGAUUGGUCAGAUGGAGAAUUUGUUUUACUUGGACUUCUCAAAUAACUCUCUCACCGGAGAAAUUCCAAAGAGUUUGACAGAGCUAAAGGGCCUUGUUUCUUCAAAUUGCAGCUUUUCCACUCUUUCAUCUGCAGCUGGGAUCCCACUAUAUGUAAAGAGAAACCAGAGUGCUAGUGGUCUUCCAUACAACCAGCUUUCAAGUUUCCCCCCAUCGUUAUAUUUGAGCAAUAAUAGAUUAAAUGGGACAAUUUUGCCUGAAAUUGGGCUAUUAAAGCAGCUUCAUGUCUUAGAUUUGAGCCGGAAUAACAUCACUGGGGUCAUUCCUGAUUCCAUUUCCAAUAUGGAGAACUUGGAAAUUUUAGAUUUGUCAUACAAUGACUUGCAUGGGUCAAUACCCCAAUCAUUUGCCAAGCUCACGUUUCUGUCAAAAUUUAGUGUGGCAUAUAAUCACUUGCAGGGUGUGAUUCCAACUGGUGGGCAGUUUUAUAGCUUUUCCAGCUCAAGCUUUGAGGGGAACCCUGGACUUUGUGGGAAAAUAGUCUCUCCUUGUCAUGUUGUGGACAGUAGUAUGCUCAGGCCAGCUAUUCCAUCUGGCCCAAACAACAAAUUUGGUCGAAGCAGCAUCCUUGGAAUAACAGUGAGUAUAGGAGUUGGGAUUUUGUUGCUUCUUGCCAUUGUUCUACUUAGAAUGUCAAGGAGGGAUGUUGGCGAUCCGAUUGAUGAUUUGGAUGAGGAACUCAGCAGGUCACACAGGUUAUCUGAAGCCCUUGGCUCAUCAAAAUUGGUUCUUUUCCAGAGUUCAAACUGCAAGGAGCUCACAGUUACAGACUUGUUAAAAUCUACAAACAAUUUUAACCAAGCAAACAUAAUUGGUUGUGGUGGGUUUGGACUGGUUUAUAAAGCGUACCUUCCAGAUGGUACAAAAGCUGCAGUCAAGAGGCUUUCUGGUGAUUGUGGUCAGAUGGAACGUGAAUUCCGAGCUGAAGUUGAAGCUCUUUCAAGAGCUCAGCACAAGAACCUUGUUUCUCUUCAAGGUUAUUGUAAGCAUGGCAAUGAUAGGUUAUUAAUUUAUUCCUAUAUGGAAAACGGAAGCUUGGAUUAUUGGCUGCAUGAAAGUGUUGAUGGGUCUUCAAUUCUCAAAUGGGAUGUAAGACUUAAGAUAGCUCAAGGAGCAGCUCGUGGGUUAGCUUACUUGCACAAGGUUUGCGAACCAAACAUAGUUCAUCGAGAUGUAAAAUCUAGCAACAUACUUUUGGAUGAAAAAUUUGAAGCUCAUUUAGCAGACUUUGGUCUCUCAAGGCUACUUCGCCCAUAUGAUACCCAUGUCACAACAGAUUUAGUUGGAACACUGGGUUAUAUUCCUCCAGAGUACAGUCAGACGCUAACUGCAACCUGCAGAGGUGAUGUUUACAGUUUUGGUGUUGUUCUUCUGGAGCUUCUUACUGGUAGAAGGCCUGUGGAAGUAUGCAAAGGAAAAAAUUGCAGGGAUUUGGUGUCUUGGGUGUUUCAGAUGAAAUCUGAAAAAAGGGAGGCAGAAAUUAUAGAUCCAUCAAUAUGGGACAAGGAUCGUGAAAAGCAGCUGUUGGAAAUGCUUGAAAUUGCCUGUAAAUGCUUAGACCAGGAUCCAAGGCGGAGACCCUUAAUUGAUGAAGUUGUUUCAUGGCUGAAUGGUAUUGAAAAUGAGGUUGUUCAACAAUGAACCUUCAUUGGUUUGUUUACUCUUUGAAAUCUUAGUCGGGAGGGUAUACCUGUAAAGCAAACAUUGUCAAGUUUCUAUAACAUUGGAAGGAGUCCUGACCAAAUGACUUUGAUUUGUUGCAGAAACGAUCAUUUGGCAUUGUAUACUAACGGUUGAGAGUUGUAUACAUAGGCUAUUUUGGCCAUUUGUUCUACCUGAAAUAAGUAAUUAUAGAAUAUCUAAUUAUUUCCUCUAAUUUUUCCUCUCUGAA